CGCAAUACGAACGAGACGUUUCAUUGGCUAUGCAUGCUAAGCAAAUGGUGCAGGUAUCAGGAUGAUCUACAUCAUCAUGGGAGUGUCAGGCUGUGGCAAAAGUUCUCUGGGGGGCUUCCUAUCAGAAAAGCUGGGGUGGCCUCUGCACGAAGGCGACAGCUUCCACCCAGAGGAGAAUGUGGCCAAGAUGGCUCGCGGAGAACCACUCACCGACCAGGAUAGAUAUCCCUGGCUUCUAAGACUACACGACGUCAUUGAAAGAGAAAGACGUUCCAGCUCUGAUGCACUGGUGGCGUGCUCUGCCCUCAAACGCCUCUACAGACUCAUCCUCCUCCACGGCUCCAAAGCCCUCCCUACCUCCACCUCCUCCACUCCACUUCCCCACUCUGUUCCCGGUGUCUUUUUUCUCUUUUUGCACGGAGAAUACGAGGUCAUCCGCAAGAGGAUGGUGGACCGCAGGGGACAUUUCAUGAAGGCAGACCUUCUGGCUUCCCAGUUUGAUGUCCUGGAGCUCCCAGUGGAAGGGCAGGAGGAGAACGUUGUACGUCUGGAUGUAAGCAGGAACAUCCCUGACAUGGCUAUGGAGGUGGAGAAGCACCUUAGCAGUCUCAAGUCUCCAAGGUGACGAUUAAAGAGACAGCAAAACGAAUCUCACCACUGUUGAUGUGACUUUUACCUAAUAUUGUGAACAACUUGUUUUUAUUCAGACACACACUCACUUCUGACAAACCUCUAUUUGGCAACCAUGUCAUGUUGUUUGACUUGUAUUCAAACCUCAUUCCAAAUAAAGGAGAGGGGCGGGGGUGAUCCUGAAGGCCCUGCUCUUAUCUCUCCUACCCAGA